AUGGAAGAAGAUCACUACGACACGCCGUGGGAGUUCCUUGCGCGUCCAAACUCCGUACGGCUUUCGGCCGUAGAAGCUGCCCACUUUAGCAGGGGUCCCGGUGUUAGUACAGGUUCGCCGCAAGCUUCCCCGCUCCCACAUUCUCCUUCAUUCUCACACCAUCUCGUGCACAUAGGUAAUUCCCCAGUUGAUUCAAAGCGAAACUCCCUGAGAUCAGACAAACCACGACGGGUAGCUGCGCAAAAUGAGGAGGAAGCUCUACUAGAAAGGAACAUAGACCGGGUGGGAGCUGAAAAACUGCUCGAAAGCAGAAGUCUGGGCGAUUUUCUGCUGCGAUCUCGAGGGGAAGGAAGUGCAGCGCUUUCUUUACGAGGUGCGACGGGCGUUCUGCACAUAAAGCUUGAACGAAGAGGUGACAAGUGGGUGAUCGGCGAAGGUCCGUGCUUCCGCUCGAUCUCCUCUGCCGUCCACUACUAUCGGCGACAUCCGCUGCCAAUACGGGGGUCAGAUCACCUGAUCCUGAACGCAUCGCUCACCAACACGGUUCGCUUAUAG